AUGAAGUCAACACGAGCAGAUUUUUGUAAAACAAAAAUGCUUCGCCUUGAUUUGGACACACCGUCGACUCCGCCAAAUUUUCCCAGCUUGUUUUUCAAAUAUUUCAUCGCAAGCUGUGCAAUACUAUUCGGGUUAUUAUGCCUAUCCGGUUUCAUCAUUGUAUCAAUCAAAGGAGAUAUCAAUUCUUCGCUACUAAAACAAUGCAAAACCGAUGACCAGUCAACUGCCCUGUGCUUUCUACGUUUGAUAACAACAAAUGCGAUGGAAACACGAUGGGAUAAAUAUGUGAUGACCUCACUUUUAUUAACAUAUGCAAGCGUAUUUUUGCAUAUUAUUGUCGAAUCGUCACGUACGAAUGUUUCCAGUCUACUGGGCCAAAUGAUCAUUCAAACGAUAUGCAUCAUUUUCGGCAUCGGCGUGGCUUUUCCUAUUCUAUUCAUUCCAUCGUAUAUUUACUUCUACAAACUGAAAACUAAUUCAGAUAAAUCACCUGUACCUAUCGAUAUCCUUUGCCUUGCAUUGGUUUAUAUCAUUUGCAUGAUUAUCGUACCGACAUAUCUAAUCUACUUUCUUCCAUCGAGUAAAUCGGCGGAGUCGAUUUUAUCAAUUAUCCUUCUGAUCUCUCCGGUUGGUUUUGCACUGAUUUCGUUUCCGUUUCGUUUGUUAUCAAGCACCAUGCAACGCUGCUGGAUUAUAAAUAGUCACCGCUUAAUUAUUCAUUGCCAAAUAAGCCUAUUUAUACUUUCUGCCCCGCUCUUCUUCAUUUCACUCGUUAGCUUUAUCAUGCACGGUUCAUUAGAAUCAAUUAAACAGAGUUAUGUGACAGAUCAGAUCCAUCCUGUCACAUUGAUCUGGUCAAUUGAUUACAUCUCAUUAUUACUUAGUUUAGCGUUAUUUAUUAUCAUCAAUGAAUAUUUAUUUCAUCGAAUCGCUUACGAAUUACUUCCAUCGAGAAUCAAACUCAUUAUUGGUUUGAUCAUAUUUAUGAUUGUACUUUUUAUUACACCAUGUUUAGCAUUUCCGUUAUACAUUGUAUGGCGAGAAUAUCGAUAUCUUCAAAUGACAUAA